ACCCUAACUUUCAUUGUGGCGGCUGCCGCCUACCUUACAAACCACUUGGCAUAUACCUCUAAACAAUCUUCCCUUGUCUUUGUCUUGCCUUGUUUGUGUGCCGCUGCCUACCACCCUCCCUUGUAUUUGCUCUCACAAUCGAUUUCUACAUCUUAGAGUCCACAAUCAAGAUUACCAGAUCCAGCUAGAUAUACCUUUCAGAGCAUGGAGAAUCGCCAUGGAAGUAGACCAUUCUAUCGUCCACCUAUGCAAGAAAUUCGUCCGCCUAUGCAAGAAAUUGGGACGGACAAGGUAAGAAACUCGAGUGUUCCGCAAUCAGGAUUGCCAGAUCCGUCUAGAUAUACCUUUGUGAGCAUGGAAAAUCACCACAGAAGUGGACCAUUCUAUCGUCCGCCUGUGCAAAAAAUUCGUCCGCCUAUGCAAGAAAUUGGGACUGAUAAGAGCAUGGAGAACCACCAUAUAAGUGGACCAUUCUAUCGUCCGCCUGUGCAAGAAAUUCGUCCGCCUAUGCAAGAAAUUGGGACUGACAAGGUAAGAAACUCGGAUGUUUCGCAAUCAGGACUGCCAGAUCAGGAUAGAAAUACCUUUGAGAUCAUGGAGAAUCACCAUAGAAGUGGGCCAUUCUAUCGUCCGUCGGUUCAAGAAAUUCGUCCGCCUAUGCAAGAAAUUGGGACUCACAAGAUAAGUAACCCGGGUGUUCCGCAAUCAAGAUUGCUAGAUCCCGCUAGAUAUACCUUUGAGAACAUGAAGAAUUGCCAUAGAAAUGGACCAUUUUAUCGCCCGCCCAUGCAAGAAAUUCGUCCUCCUAUGCAAGUAAUUGGGACUCACAAGAUAAGUGGGAGCUUUCCUCAAGUACGGAAAGCACUGUUAGCAGUUUCAACCUGCCUCCAAGAUAAUCCUAGGCCAGACACACAUAAUAUUCCGAUGGGAAGACCAUUUGGGCCUCCAGGUAGUGGUCCUGGAUGUCCGCCUGGCAUGGAUCCUCAUUCUCAAAGAAGUUAUUUACCACCACACAUACCUGAUUACCACACAAGGAAUUAUCCAAAUAAUGCUGGUGCCCCUGGUCCUAGAUUCUUUUUUGAACAAGAGAUAGUGUUCAGGAUGAUAAUUCUGAAUGAAAUGGUGGGCAGCAUAAUUGGAAAAGGUGGUUCCACUAUUCGGGCAUUGCAAAGUGAAACUGGUGCUUGUAUAAAGAUUUUAGAGCUUGUUGCUGAUUCAGAUGAGCGUGUUGUUGCGAUAUCUGCACGUGAGAAUUCUGACAUGAUGCAUUCUCCAGCGCAAGAUGCAGUUGUUCGGGUGUACUCUAGGAUCUCAGAGGCAUCUAUGGAUAGAAGUUCUCCUACACCUGCAAGGCUUCUCGUUCCAUCACAACAUAUUGGUUGCCUGCUAGGAAAAGGUGGAUCCAUUAUUACAGAGAUGAGAAAGAUUACAGGAGCUAGCAUUCGAAUUUUUGGGAAUGAACAAAUUCCAAGAUGCGCACAGCGAAAUGAUGAGAUGGUUCAGGUCACUGGUAGCUUCCAAUCCAUUCAGGAUGCAUUACUCCAUAUAACUGGAAGGAUUAGGGAUGUCAUCCUUCCCAAGCCACACCCCAGUGGAGGCAUGCCUCCAUACCCACCUGUUGGAAACAUCCCAGUUCACCAAUCAAGACAAGAACCACCUCCGCCGCACCUACAUCCCAGUGGGGGUAUGCCUCCAUACCCUAUGCAUUCUUUCAGACCUGAUGCUCCCAUGGGCCACUUCGAAACGGGUGAUCAUCGACCACCUCCUGUACAUUCGAUGGAAUAUAUGGGUGCUGAUAGGAUGCCAUACUCGUAUGGUGGUGAACAAGGAGGUCCUCGCCCUUUUCUAGAACAGCCUUCACCAAGAACCUGGCCUCCUGAGGCACCGAGGACAAACAGUGAAGCUCCCAGAAACAUGCCUGAUGCAGUGCUAGCCACAGAUUUGAGAAAGGGACCAGUGGCAAGUGAAAACCAAGUGGCUACACCAACAAGUACAACAACUGAAGUUGUUAUUCCUUGCAAGUAUAUAGGCUUUGUUUGUGGAAACAGUGGCAGUGAAAUUGAAGAAAUAAGACAGAUGUCAGGUGCUUCAAUUACAGUUCAUGAUCCGAAACCUGGCGACACAAACUCAAUAGUUGUUAUAUGUGGGGAUCCCGAACAAACAAAGAAGGCACAGAGCCUGAUUCAUGCCUUCAUCUUCUGUGGCCUGCAAACAUGAUUGGUGCCAUGCCGAUACCAUCAUUUGUUUUUGAUUCUUGAAUCUUAUUAGAGCGGUUCUGUGGGCAGAAUUUGCCCCCAGAUUGGUUGUACAUGUACCAUUGCUACCGGGGUGGAUGUAGGUAAAGCUGACGCAUGCCUUGUAGAAACAACACCGAUGUACAUUUCUGUAGUCUUGUGUUUUAGUUUGGGGGAAUGACCAUGGAAUGUGGUGGGUUGGUUGCACCUAUGUGGAAUGUUUCACCCCAUGCCAUCGUUGGUAGUUGAGAAUUUCAUGAUCUCAUCUCUUGUUUGA